AACAACGGUUUUAUAACCUCAGCAAUAAUGUCAUACUCUACUCAUCAUCAUUUAGUAAUACGUCCAGAGGAUGUUUGGUUUCAAAUUAUAAAUCAAUUUUCAAUAUAUGUUAACAAGUACUCGAAUGAACUCUCAAGUAAGUUUGUAGAUUUCAAACAAAAGAAAGAUUUGGUUGUUAUAACAAAAAAUCCUAUUUUAAAUGCACCUUAUGAUGAAAUGGUUUUGGAAAUGGCAAAUCAAAUUGAAAAAAAUAUAAUAGAUCCAUCAUUAAAGAAUUGGUUAAUUCCAAAUUUUACAACAACUACACCUGUGGAUAAAGUAGUAUUUUCUGUAGCAUUAAUGGCUACAAUGAAGAACUAUUUCAAUUAUAUAUUCGAAACCGAGUGUGGAAUUCCAAAGGUAACUCUUUUAGGUACAUUAAAUGAUUGGAUCCAAUUAAAAGAAAGAGUAUCAUUAUUAAAAAAUUUUGAAGUAAAUAAAUCAUGUGUAAAAAAGAAAAUGGGUGAAUGGGUAGAGGAAUUGAACCCAAUUAUGGAUAAGUUUAUUGAAACAAUUAGUGGGAACCCAGAUAAAAAAUGUUGGAAUACAAUAGUAAGAAUAGAUGAAGAAAGUGGAGGCAGUUAUAUCUCUGGAUGGAUAACCAAAUUUUGCUUGUUUGAUAAAGAUAAUGAAUGGAUUAAGAGAUAUAUAGAUUAUGGAGGUAUAGAUCCAACUGCUAUUUCUACUAAAAUCGAUUACGACUCAAUCGGUAAAGGUUUUUUAUCAGUUCCUAUUAUUUUAAAGGAAGGUUCAUCAGAGUAUAAAAGUGAAAUGUAUGCUGGCCACCUUUCAGCAUCAGUAAAAGAUAAAACUAUUGUUAUACCAUCACUCGAUUGGUGUUUAGUAUUAAAA